UAUUGUUUUCUCGCUUCUAGUAAGAGCAAUAACGCGAAAGCAUUGUCAUCUUAUAAUUAGCGGACUUUGAAGCCUCGUAGCAUUUGCUUCAUCACCGCUUGUAGAUGUCGUGGAUUUUCAUUGGCUCGUAUGAAUGAACCUUAGCGCGCAGGCGGUAAGUCAGUUAUAAGAGUUGAGACAGACUAGAAGCAAGCACAUUUCUAUUUACGCUGUGAACGCGACGUUUUCUCUAUACUUCUCUAGUCUUCAUACAAACAAGCGAUUAGCGAUAAAGAAAGUUUUUUAUAAAAUUGUAGAAGAAUGGCUACCGAAAUUGCACAACUGCCUCACAUCGAAGUGUUUCAUCGUGUAAUGGAACUUCCAGUAAUUGAAAGUGCAAUAUCAAAAUCUGCAGCGACAUAUUUGCGUGUGAAAGAUUGCAACCAGUUGGUUCAUUGGGCACUAACCACUGCAGAAACUUCUUUAAGUAAUGCAACGAAGCAAGCAGUACCUAUUGCUGCUCCCAUAGCUAAGAAACUCGAGAACCCUAUACACUUCUUUGACCACACGCUGUGUCUUGGUCUCGACAAAAUCGAAGAAAAAGUACCAUUGGUUAAAGAGAAACCCGAGCAGAUUUUAGAAAAUGCUUAUUCGCUAGCACGUCAAACCGUUCAACCAGCUGUUUCAAGUAUUUCGCUCGUUAAUAAUUUAAUAAUUUCCCAAGCUUUAAGUUUGAGAGAUAUAAGUUGGAACAAAGCGAAUCAGAUUUUAGAAACACAAUAUGGCAGUGCAGCUGUUAGAGGUUUGGACAGCACAGCUGAUAUUGUUGAUAAAUUAAUUGAUAAAUUUUUUCCUGCUACAAAAGAUGAACAAUUAAUAGUGGUGAAUAUAAAUGAAGAAGACAAACUUCUUCACACCUUACAAACUGUUGGACGUUUAUCUAAUAAAGCUGCUCGUCGCGUAUAUUCGAAUAUAAUUCUUCAUCUUGGAACUAUUAAAGCAGAUAAUUUAAAAUCUUAUAUCAAAAAUAUAGUACAUUUUUUGCAAUUAACGAAUCGUCAUGCUAUAAAUGAUGAAAUACACACGAAUGAAGUAUAUACGAAUGAAGUACAUACGAAUGAAGUCAAUUCGAAAGCUUCUACAUCGAAUGCAAUUACAAAAAAAUUUAAUUGAUAUUAUUAAUGAAAAAAGAAAAAUUUCCACCGAUUCCAUUAAUUUUCUAUUUAUUUUUUGCAUACAUUUUGUAAUAAAAAAAUCAUACUUUUUUAAUAUAUAUAAAAAAUUCAUUUUUUAUAUAUAUAUAUAACUAAUAGUUGUGUUAUAUGCUAUUUUUAAGAAAUUACAUUUGCACUUUUAGGAAAAUACAUUUGUACUUAUAGUGGUGAAAAAUAAGGUUUUUCAUGAAUAAAGUCUAAGACACUU